AUGGCAUUAGCAAAUAGAAGACCAGUUGGUUUCCCAAUGACGGAUUCCACUGUGACAACAUCAACAACUUCACCAGCUUUUAAACCUCGUCGUUUAAGUUUAAAUGCUACAGAUCCAAAAUCAAAAAUAAAUACCAAGAUUGAAUCUGUUAGUUCUUCUUCAUCAAAUUUAUCUGAUGAUACGGAUGAACAACUAGUUGAUGAUUUAAAAAUUGAAGAUGAUGAAGAAAAUCAAAUUUUAGAAGAAGAUCAUGAUGUUGAUAUGAAAGAAAUGACUCCAGAAAAAUCUUCAAGUCCAGAAGAUUUUAAAGAUGUUUCUCCAACUAGUACUAUUGCAACUUCAAUUAGUUCAAGUUCAAAUUCACAAUCUGAAAAAUCAAACGAUUCCAAAGAUUCAUCAACAUCAACAACAACUACUAAAAAGGAACCAAAACCAAAAAAAUCAAAAGCUGAAAAGGGAGAUAAACCAGAAAAGGAAAAAAAACAUAAUAAACCUUCAACAAGAGCUCCAAUUGCCACGGGUAUUUCCACUACAAUCCCAGUCACAGGUGAACGUCCAAGACCAACUCAACAUUCUUCAUUAGAUGAUGGUGUAUUAUUUGCAAUUUUUGAAAUUUUAUUUGAUAAAGAUGAUGAAGGUAAAGGUAUGACUGUUAAACAAAUUUGUGAUAUUUUAGUUGAAAGACAUCCAGAAAUGGCAAAUUUAUCAACUAAAACUUCAAAUUUAGUUUCUGCUAAAUUAAAUGCUUAUGUUAAAAGAGUAGAAAAGGGUGAAAAAUCUUUAAUUUAUUCACUUUCAAGAGAAUGGGCUGAUGCUUCUCCAAAAAGAAUGGUUUAUGUUUAUCGUGGGUUAUUAGCUCCUGAUUAUUAUGUUCAUGCUUUAGCUGCUAUUGAUGCACAAAAAUCUCAAGAACCAACAAAAUCUUCAACACCAAUGGAUGGUGAAUCUGAAGCAAAAUUUGGUGAAAGAUUUACUCCAUUUGAAUCAUUAAAUGAUGGGUUUAAUGGAAAUUCCAAUGGUAAUGGGAAUCAUGAAAUUAAAAGAAGAGCUACUGCUUUUGAUUUAGGUGUUACAAAACAUACAUUUGCUGAUUUACAAUUGGAUUAUUCUUUACCACAAUUAUCUAUUCCUUAUUCAGCUGCUCCAGUUACUGCUUCAUUAGGUUUAGGUUCAACAUUAAAAUCUCCAACUUCUAUAUCAAAACAAUAUAAAUCUCCAAUUAUUUCAGAUGAUUUAGAUUUAGAUGAUAUUUCAGAAAAUUUUCAACAAAAUUUAAAUGAUGAUGAAGAUGAUGAUGAUGAUUUUUUAUUAGAUGAUGAUUUACAUUUAAAAAUUACUUAUCAUAGAAAUAAUAAAAGAUCAAAAUCAAUGUCAUAUUUAACUUCAAAAAAAUCAAGAACUUUAACAGUUGCUGCUGCUGCUCCAAGAUUUUCAAAAGUUGCAGUUUCUCCCUCUCCUUCUGCUGCUGCCGCUGCUGCUGCUUUACAUGCUGCUGCUUUAGAAGGUUUAUCACCAGCUGGUUCUGUUGCUACAGGGAUUACAACUAGUUCAAAUCCAUCAAAUUCACCAAAUUCAUUAAGUUCUAAAAGACAAUCAAUGAGUUGUGAACCACCAAUUGCUGCUAAAUGGUUAAAAGCUGUUAAAGAAGGGUUUUUAACUCAAGAUAUUGAAACUCCAGAAGAUAUAUCAUUAGCUGAAUUGGAUUCAUUAUUAACAUGA